GUGUGUGGGGCGUUGUUUAGUGGGGAGAGCAGAACGGACAGGUUAGUUCAGAACAACUCUUCCUCAUUCAGUCAACAGCUGAGCUUCAGAAACAUCAUGAUGGUCAAACUGGUCCCAGUCAGAGUCCUGCUUCUGCUGCUGGUUCUCUGGGCUACAGGAAGCGACGCCCAGAUUGACGUUUGUGGAAGAGCUCCUCUGAACUCUAAGACUGACUCCAGGAUUGUUGGUGGUCAGGAUGCGUCUGAAGGAGCGUGGCCGUGGCAGGCCAGUCUGGAGAUCAGGAACGGACUGUGUGGAGGCUCUCUGAUCAACAACCAGUGGGUUCUAUCUGCUGCUCACUGUUUUACCAGCACAAGCACCUCUGGAGUCAGUAUUUACCUCGGCCGACACAACCGGCAGAAUCCCCUGAGCUCUAACGAGUUGAGACUUGGAGCCUCACGGAUCAUCGUCCAUGAAGACUAUGACUCCAAAUCAUCUGACAAUGACAUCGCUCUGGUGCAGCUGGACUCUACGGUGGACUUCACCGACUACAUCCAGCCCGUCUGUCUGGCUGCGGAGGGCAGCGCCUUCCCAGACGGACUGGACUGCUGGGUCACUGGCUGGGGAACCAUCCAGACCGGAGUCAGUCUUCCUGCCCCUGAGACGCUGCAGGAAGUAGAUAUUCCCAUCGUGUCCAACAGUCGGUGUGCCUCAUCCUACAACACCUUAACGGACAACAUGGUCUGCGCCGGUCUGUCUGCUGGAGGGAAGGACUCCUGUCAGGGAGACUCUGGUGGACCUCUGGUGACCAAGAAUGGUUCGGUGUGGGUCCAGGCUGGGAUAGUGAGUUUUGGCAGAGGCUGUGCCGAGCCUGACUUCCCAGGAGUUUACGCCCGAGUGUCACAAUACCAGAGCUGGAUCAACAACCAGAUCAGCACCAACCAACCAGGAUUCAUCAACUUCCAGGGUUCAACCGGAGCAGCGACCUUUGUCUCCAUGUCGCUCCCUCUGCUGCUGUCCGUCCCGCCGGCCGUCUUCUCUUUCUUUGUUCUCUCAUGAGGGUUUUAGCUGAUCUCUGCACAAUCCUUAUUUAUCCCUGACAUCCUAUAACCAUGAGAAUAAAACGUUUCCUUUUUCC